AUGCAACGAAUUGAUGGAUACCACAUGAUGGUCAUUUCCCAAUACUUUGAAUCCAUCAAAGACUUUGUGGCACUUGAGUUUGUGUGUAAAAAGUAUAACAACAAUAUGAGUAAAUUCCACUUCAACCCUAUUCGCCUCACGUCAAAAACAAUUAACUAUUUUCCAUCAAUCGAAACACUCAAUAUUUGGACUGAAGAUGAUGAAACUUUUGGCAAUGAUUUCAUGUUGUUAUUUAACAACAAUAUAUAUCAAACUGACAGACAAAAACGUAUGAAAGUUAACAAAAAGAGGUUUUAUAAAAUUGUUAUUUGGUACCAAGUUGACUUCGAUACAUUUCACAACGUUGCCAAACUCGAAAACGCGAUUUUUGAAUUUAAAGAUAUUUGUUACAGCACUUCAGAUGUUGUGAAAUUUGGAACUCAAAUACCAAAACUGGUGACAUCACUGAUGCGGUCGUGUUAUGAAAAUUGUAACACAAUAGAACAAAUAGACAUUCCAAAUACUGUAACUUCGAUUGGACAUUUCUGUUUUUCAAUGUGUCUGUCAUUGAGUGAAAUCACAAUACAGACCAGGGUCAUUUCAAUGGGUGAGUGCGUCUUUUUGGGAUGCGCCAAACUUAAAAGUGUAACACUCCCGUGUUAUAUGGCGACACUAAAUCCACACACUUUUGGAUUUUGUUGUGACAUUGUGAUUCCUGAUAACGUCACAACAUUGGGGAAAUCCUGCUUCUCUGGGUGUAAAGCACUUCAUUCUGUUCUAUUGCCUAAAAAAAUGAAAGAAGUUGGUAGCGGAUGCUUUAGAGAGUGCAAGGCAUUGGCUCAAAUUAUCAUACCAGAAAAUGUCACGAUGAUCGGGUCGAAUUGUUUCCCACCAAAUACAAAUUUGGUGCAAUAA